UGUGUGGCCCAAGCUUCAAAGGAUUCGCAGCAAAAAGUGAGGCCAAUUCGCACGUUGAUCAGAUUUGAUCAGAAUUGAUCAGAUAUUUUCAGAUGUCGCAGAUGGCGAGGAUCAAGAUUGAAAAGUUGAUGAAAGGCAAGAAAUUGCCCUUUGACGACGAUUGUCUCGAGUACCUCCUGUCCACUGCGGCGGCGGCUGAGCAAAAGGAACUCAUAGAGCUGCUGCAGGAAUUCUGCCCCAAGUGGGCCAUGCACGAGCGGGCUACAUUGGCCGUCCAGCUCAAGAACACAUCAAGACAGGCGCCAGAAGGUUCGGCCGGCUUCCCUUCAAUGCAUGUGCAGCCCUCCACCUCCUCUCGCGCACCAGAGCCUUUCUCCGCGGGGUAUGGGCAGCCGGACGUGCCCGAUGAACAGCUCGCAGCUGACGCGUUGCUGGCUGCAAUGUUGCAGGAAGAGGAGGAUGCGCAAGCGACACUGAACAAUCCUGGCGGACAGACAGGCACUGCCAAGAAAGGCAAGAAGGCCUACAAACCGUUGAACAUCAGCUACACCGUGGCGCGCGGUGGAAAUGCGGGUCCAGCACUAGGCACCGCAGCACCUAGCAGCCUGGCAGAUGUCUUGAGACAGAAGCGCUCGCAACAGGUGCUGGAUACUGGCCCUCCCACGGGCCCCGGCCCCUUCGGCGGCCCUGACGCCCCUACGAUCCGCCCCACUCCCUGGGCGCCGGGGGGUGCCGGACUCAGCUGGGCUGAGCGGGUGCAGAUGAAUCAAGGGGAGCUGGAGACAGGAGACGCUUUGGGCACCCCGCCGCCCAUGGCCGGCACCCGGGCCCUGCACCCGCUGAAGCUCCGCGUGCGCUGGGCGCAGGCCGAGCACCACGUGGAAGCGCAGCCACAAGACACGGUGGGGGACGUGAAAAACCGAUUGGAGAAGAUGCAUGGCAUUGCUUUCUCCCUGCAGCGUCUCAUGCACCAAGGGCGGGAGCUGCGAGAUAAUGAAGCCUUGCAGCCGAUGGCCGAUAGCCAGCACCAGAUUUAUCUGUCGUUGCACCAGCGGGAGGCGCCUCCACGGACGGUUGCCGGCCGAAAUCUUCAGAUUAAAUUGCAGAUGCCUGGGUUAUCGGUGCCUAGUGCAACGACAGUACCAGAAAGGAUCACCGGCGCUGGAUUGAAAGAGCAGAUCCAGAAAGACCAUGGGAUUCGAAGUGAUCACAUCAAUCUCACCUUUUUUGGUCAUCCUUUGAGGGAUGAUAUGAGCAUCUCUGAUCAAGGGGUCGCAGCUGGAGGAUGCAUCAGCGUGUCUAUUGUAUCUGCUGCACAGAGGCGCCAGGCGGAGCGUGUGGAGCGUGCGGCCACCUUGGCCGGCAUGCAGCUGAGUGCGCAAGGGCGGGUCUUAGAUGAAUCAGAAGCUGUGGAGGCUGCGAUCCAGGCUUCCCAUCCCAGUCAAGCGGGGGUGAGUCCCGUAGGUCCCGUGGAAUUGGAUGAGGACAACAUGGGAUUUGAAGACCUCGCUGAAGGUGACGAGGAGGCCGUUGGGGACUUCAACAAGGACGUGGCCGCACAGGAGCCGCGCUUCAGUGGCGUGGUGAACCAAGCGAAGGCGAUAGCUUCGCACUAUCGGAUGGAGGACUACAUCAGCCGUGUGAGUAAGAGGAGUGGCUAUAGACUGACACUGCUGAUGCAGAAGACCAAGAAGGACAAAGUCAUUGGUUUUCUGGUCUUUCGCUUUCGGGGGCGAUCGCUCUGCGUCCUACAGCUGGCAGUGGCCAAAGACGCCCGAGGGCGUGGGGCGGGACGGUCCUUGCUGCGCUGGGCAGCACGGGAGGCACAGCGAGCGACCAUGGAAAAUGUUUUAAUCAGCACUUGGCCCUUUGGCUCUGAGCUCUUCUUAAAGUUGGGCUUUGCUGAGACUGGCGCCAUGGAGGGCGAGGACGUCAACGGCCAGGUCUGGGCCAUCCAGGCCAGACCGCUCCGAGCGGGUCGACGCGUUAAUGAGAGCUCACGAGACCAGACCAAACUCAGCAGGAAGGAUCUCACUCGAGCAGUCUUCCAAGCACUGAAUCGCAGUGGUUCUGGCUGCCUGACGUUUGAUGAGAUGAAGCCCUUCGCAAAGCACACGGGUUUUGAAGGCUCGGAUGCAGAGUGGAAGAAUGAAUUCGAGGAACUCAAGCAAGAAUGUCGUGUGAACGAGAUCGGGCUGAGGGAAUUUGAUCACCUGGUCAAUGAUCAGAGCGAUGCCGGCUGCUACUGUAGCGAUGAGGAGCUCCGGGAUCUCCUGCGGUCGUUGCCACCUUUACCGCCUCCAAGCGCUGCAACGGUACCGCCUCCAAGGGCUGCGGUACCGGUGCCUGGCACUGUGCCAGGUGCUCCAGCAGGCGCCCGCCAGCAGUUGAUCGACUCGGUCUUCCAUGCUCUGAAUCGCAGCGCUUCAGGCCAGCUGUCGGCAGCGGAGAUGAGACCCUUCGCGGAGAAAACGGGCUUCAGUGGUAGCAACGAGGAGUGGCAGGAGGAAUUCAACCUGUUGGCCACAGAAUGUGGCGGAGUUGUUGACUUCAGAACCUUUCAGCGCUUGGUCAAUGAUGAAUCAGAUGCUGGCUGCUAUUGUUCGGACUCAGACCUGCGAGAGUUGCUGAAUGCGUUGAAUGCGUUGACUGCAUUGAAUGCGUCUGGAGUGCCAAAUGGCUUCAGUGCUACGGGCGCGGAUCAGGUCGCCAACGCGGCUCCAAAGGCGGCCUCGCAGCCCACCACGGCCCGUGGCGAACUGAUCGCCGCGUGCUUCCGCGGGCUGAACGUCAGCGGAUCGGGGCACCUGAGCGCGGCAGAGAUGAAACGCUUCGCCCAGCACACCGGAUUUGGUGGCACAGAUCAAGAGUGGCAAGCGGAAUUUGCGAUUCUCAAACAGGAGUGCAAGGUGUCAGCCAUUGCCUUGAAGGACUUUCACCGCCUGGUCAAUGACCAGUCGCAGGCGGGCUGCUACUGUUCUGAUGGCGAACUGCAGGCCUUGCUCGAGUCCUUGCCGUCCGCAGAGCCGAGUGGCUUGGACCUUGGCCCUGCCAUCACCAAAGCGCAGGCCCAGGUCUUGGCCCCGCCCAGCGGACCCAGCCGGCCCAGCGGGCCGAGCGCACGCGAGAGCCUCAUUUUCAGCGCCUUUCGAGCGCUGAACCGCAGCGGCUCCGGUCACCUCAGCGCGGCGGAGAUGCGACCCUUCGCGGAGAUCACAGGUUUCCUGGGCUCGGAUGAGGAUUGGAGAAAGGAAUUUGAACUGCUGAGGCAAGAGUGCCAAUCUAGACACAUCGAUUUCACGGAGUUUCAGCGCUUGGUCAACGAUUCGUCAGAGAACGGCUGCUACUGCAACGACGACGAUCUGCGGCUAGUGGUGGAGAAGCAGAAUGUGCCGAAUGGUCGCAGCACCGUUUUGAUGCCAGGCAAUCAGGCGCCAAACGGCCAUCAGAGCAAUGACCGACCAGGAAGUGAUCGUGCGGCCUUGAUCAAGUCAGUGUUUGAUGCCCUGAACACCAGUGGAUCAAGCUACCUGAGCGCACCUGAGAUGCGGCCGCUUGCAGAGCUCACAGGUUUCACAGGCACAGACCAAGAAUGGCGAGAAGAGUUUGACUUGCUGAGACAGGAGUGUGAUGGAUCUAAGCCCGGGAUUGCUUUCACGGAUUUCGAGCGCUUGGUCAAUGAUGCCUCAGACGAUGGUUGCUAUUGUGAGGACGCCAAUCUCCGCCAACUGCUGAAGUCGCACCCGCCGCAAGCUGCCACCGCAGAGGCAGCCCAAGGCCUUCCUGCUGCUCUCAGCCGUCGUUCCUUGAUCUCAGCGGCCUUUCGAGCGCUGAAUCGCAGCGGCACGGGGCAGCUGAGCGCCAUUGAGAUGCGGCCCUUUGCCGAGCUCACGGGUUUCAGCGGCACAGACAGGGAAUGGCAAGAAGAGUUUGAGCUGGUGAGAAAGGAGUGUGCCUCAUCCUCAUCUGGGAUCCCAUUCACGGACUUCGAGCGGUUGGUGAACGACGAGUCUGAGGACGGCUGCUAUGCUUCGGACGACAUCCUUCGCCAUGUGCCGAGCUUGAUCGAGUCGAAGGAGUCCGAGUUUUCUCCCGGCACAGGGCAACAAGCAGAAGCUACGAUGGCCAAACCUCGAGGUGACCGAGCCGACUUGGUAGAGUCUGCCUUUCGCUUCCUCAACCGAAGUGGCUCGGGGUACCUCAGCGCAGUGGAAAUGAGACCCUUUGCGGAGCUCACGGGCUUCACCGGCACAGACCGGGAAUGGCAAGAAGAGUUUGAACUGCUGCGACAGGAGUGUCCAGAUGCUCGGAUCGCUUUGAGCACUUUCGUGCGCUUGGUCAACGACCAGUCAGACAAUGGCUGCUAUGCCUCUGACGAUGAUCUCGAAAAAUUGCUCAGCUCUUCCAGAUCCCAGCCUGACGGCCAAUCUAGACACAUCGAUUCCACGCAGUUUCAGCGCUUGGUCAAUGAUUCGUCAGAGAACGGCUGCUACCGCAACGACGACGAUCUGCGGCUAGUGGUGGAGAAGCAGAAUGUGCCGAAUGGUAGCGGCCCCGUUUUGAUGCCAGGCAAUCAGGCGCCAAACGGCCAUCAGGGCAAUGACCAACCAGGAGGUGAUCGUGCGGCCUUGAUCAAGUCAGUGUUUGAUGCCCUGAACACCAGUGGAUCAAGCUACCUGAGCGCACCUGAGAUGCGGCCGCUUGCAGAGCUCACAGGUUUCACAGGAACAGACCAAGAAUGGCGAGAAGAGUUUGACUUGCUGAGACAGGAGUGUGAUGGAUCCAAGCCCGGGAUUGCUUUCACGGAUUUCGAGCGCUUGGUCAAUGAUGCCUCAGACGAUGGUUGCUAUUGUGAGGACGCCAAUCUCCGCCAACUGCUUAAGUCGCACCCGCCGCAAGCUGCCACGGCAGAGGCAGCCAAAGGCCUUCCUGCUGCUCUCAGCCGUCGUUCCUUGAUCUCAGCGGCCUUUCGAGCGCUGAAUCGCAGCGGCACGGGGCAGCUGAGCGCCAUGGAGAUGCGGCCCUUUGCCGAGCUCACGGGUUUCAGCGGCACAGACAGGGAAUGGCAAGAAGAGUUUGAGCUGGUGAGAAAGGAGUGUGCCUCAUCCUCAUCUGGGAUCCCAUUCACGGACUUCGAGCGGUUGGUGAACGACGAGUCUGAGGACGGCUGCUAUGCUUCGGACGACACCCUUCGCCGUUUGCCGAGCUUGAUCGAAUCGAAGGAGUCCAAGUUUUCUCCCGGCACAGGGCAACAAGCAGAAGCUACGAUGGCCAAACCACGAGGUGACCGAGCCGACUUGGUAGAGUCUGCCUUUCGUUUCCUCAACCGAAGUGGCUCGGGGCACCUCAGCGCAGUGGAAAUGAGACCCUUUGCGGAGCUCACGGGCUUCACCGGCACAGACCGGGAAUGGCAAGAAGAGUUUGAACUGCUGCGACAGGAGUGUCCACAUGCUCGGAUCGCUUUGAGCACUUUCGUGCGCUUGGUCAACGACCAGUCAGACAAUGGCCGCUAUGCCUCUGACGAUGAUCUCAAAAAAUUGCUCAGCUCUUCCAGAUCCCAGCCUGACGGCAGUCCGGACGGCCGCAGCGCGCUGCUGCGCUCGGUCUUCGCUGCGCUGAACCGCAGCGGCUCGGGGCAGCUGAGCGCCGUGGAGUUGCGGCCCUUGGCGGAUCGCACCGGCUUUCAGGGAAGCGAUUCGGAGUGGCAUGAGGAGUUCAACUUGCUGAGACAGGAGUGUUCUGGGGGAGAGAUUCGAUGGAACGACUUCGAGCGCCUCGUGAAUGACAAGUCAGACAAUGGUUGCCAUGCAACGGAUGAGGAGCUGAGAGAAUUGCUGGAUUUUUUGAACAGGAACAGCGUCCCGGCUGUCGCUGUCCCAGUCUUCCGACCUCCGCCCGGACUGCAGCCUGCCUGGUGAUGCUGAGCUGCUGAGUUGCGCCGACCUUUGGAGAAACUGAGGAAAGACGACGUGUUAUGUGUUGUACAGUUAGGAAAAUUAUGGAACGUCCCCGGGUCAGGCAGCCAAA